UGGUAGUUCUUGAAAUUUUUGACAUGGCCCAUCAAAUGGUAGAUUUUUUGACAGAUGUCUGAAUGAAUUUUCAAUCAAAUUCCAAUUUCGGAAAAUAGGGUUUGGUUCUACUAAUAUUAGCGUUCUAUUGUUUCAAUUAAAAUGGCAGCCUUAAUUAACAAUGCCAUGGCCCAGGCGAGGCCCAAAUUGGCCAUCUUCAUGAAGUAUGCUAAAGUAGAGCUGGCCCCGCCUAAGCUGAGCGAGAUGCCGCAGAUCAAGGCUGGCAUCAGCAAACUGCUGACAAGCGCCAAGACCGGAGCAUGGAAACAGCAGACCAUUAAGCAGGCAACCCUCAACACCCUGGUUGGCAUGGAAGUGUGCUUCUGGUUCUACGUAGGAGAGUGCAUCGGCAAACGCCACAUUGUCGGUUACCAAGUUUAAGUUUCUCGUUCCAGUUAAGGUUAAGUUCAACUCUGUAGAUAUUUAUGAUCAGUAAAUAAAGUAUUUGGUUUUGCCAGCAAA